CACUUCUUCAUCAAAAACAAUUCCCCACACUUUUCUUACUUUCUUUCUUUCUUUCUUUCUUCUUGGUUUAAGCUUAUAAAUUAUCCAAAAACUAGACUUGAGACUUUGAGAUGGAGGAGAAUCAUGAGGCUCAGUCUCCACUUGAAAGAAGCAACUUGGCUUCUCUAGACCAGAGGCUAGCAAUGGCAAAACGUUGCUCUCAUGAGGGUGUUCUUGCUGGAGCUAAAGCAGCUAUGGUCGCCUCUGUUGCUACUGCCAUUCCAACUAUGGCCAGUGUUAGGAUGCUGCCUUGGGCAAGGGCUAAUCUUAAUCCAACUGCUCAAGCUCUCAUCAUCUCCACAGUGGCUGGGGCUGCAUAUUUCAUAGUAGCUGAUAAGACGGUUCUGGCUUCAGCUAGGAGGAACUCCUUCAAGAAAAAUUAGCUUGCCGGCGCCGGCACCGGAAAUAUCCCAUACUAUAUAUAAAUAAAUAAUAGGAUGGGAUUUAUUAUCACUUCAAGAAACUAUUUUCUCUGUUGUUUAUUGUUCUUGUCUAGUUUCAAUGUAUUAGAAAAAAAAAAGGGGGGGAGGGGGGGAGGGGGGGGGGGGGGGGAGCUCUUGGGGUAUGGGUGACUUGUUUGUUAUGAAUUAUGUCUCUAGCUAUUGAGCUCCAUAUAUAAUAAUAUAUAUAUUA